AUGUUCUACGUCGACUCGCAAAAAAUAUUGACACGUCGUGAAAGUUCUUUAGUUUUGCCCAGGUAUUAUAAUCGAAACGAGGACAAUGAACUUGAAAUAUUGCCUUCUGCCCGAGUACAAUCUACUGCACAUCUUACCGGUGAAUCAGGGGUAGUUCUUGCCCAACGUCCAGCAGGUUCUGUACGAAAAGAAAUUGUUACAACACUCUUUGAAUCUAUGCUAGAUAAUAUUGUAGAGUCUUGGGAUGUUAUCGAAAAACCAAAAAACGAAGAUUUAAAUUCUGAUCUUCUCAAAACACCAAGUGAUGUAAUAUCUAGUAGUAAAAAAAAGAAAGCUGCAGGAGGUUUAUCUAAAACAAGAAAAAGUCGUUCAAAUAUUGAAAUACACGAUAAUUCACAGAGCGAUGAUUUUCUGCAAGUGUGCUGGUGGUCAGCGCCAGAUGAGAGAGCACACAUUCGUUUUCGAAAUGGUAACGUUUAUGAAGGAAAUAUUUCUAUGAAAUGUAUGCAUGGCGAGGGACGUUAUCAAUGGUCUGACGGAACUGUUUACUUAGGUCAAUUUAGAGAAAAUCAAAUAACUGGCAAAGGUAUUAUUCAGUGGAAAGAUGACACAUGGUACGAAGGUGAUUUUGCUGGAAAUCUUCGCCAUGGCAAAGGCCUUUAUGUGAAUUCACGAAAUCAAUGUUCUUAUUCGGGAGGUUGGCAUAACGGAACAAAACACGGUGAAGGGAUUAUUCAUUACGUUGGAUCUCAAAAUGUAUAUGAUGGCGAAUGGGUUAAUAAUAUUCGACACGGAUUUGGCUCCCGUGAAUAUUGUGAAAAAAGCGGUUACAAAGGCGAGUGGGCUAAUUAUAUAAGAGAAGGAAAGGGUUUAAUGAUAUGGCCAAAUCAUGAUUUUUACAGAGGCGAAUGGAAAAAUGGUGUUAUGUCUGGAUAUGGGGUAUACAUUUGGGAUACCUAUUAUAACAAUUCGAUGUCUUCUCCAUCUCUCUGUGCAUAUCGUGGUUUUUGGGAAAAAGGAAAACGUAACGGAUAUGGUGUAUUGGAUCUUGGAUUAGGACUAGGUUCUUUUUAUAAAGGAGAAUUUAAAAAUAAUAAGAAGAAUGGCACCGGAAGGUUCGUUACUAACAAUGGACUUAUAAUUCAAAAUAAACACUUAUUUUUGGACGAUAAUAUGAGCCAUAAAACAAAACUAACAGAAAAUGAAAUUUCGGAAAAUAAAAAUACUCAUACAAUAUUAGAAAAUCCUUAUACAUUUGAUAUAUGUGAUACUAAAGUUGGCCUCGUUUAUCAUAUUGAACAAGGAAUUAAAAAUAUUGAUAAACAGUCAGAAAUAAGAGCGACUAUAAUUAACGAUUUUAUAGAAACUAAUAAGUCACCUAAAUCAAUAUCUUGUGUUCCUAAGGAGGAUUUAAAUAGUUGUAACGGCGGUGAGUUUGAUUUUGAAGAUUUCUUAAAUUUCGAAGUAAACGCAUUACACAAGGCACUUAAAUGUUAUGAAAAUGAUUUAAAAUACAUAUAUUAUCAAUAUGCUACAAUAUGUAACAAAGAAGAAAUACAUUUCACUCCUAUUCUUAUCAGAUUAUAUUUAUGGCAACUUUAUUACGAUUGUAAUAUACACAAUAAGGGUUUGACUUUAGUUCAAAUUGAUGAAGCGUUUCACGAAAAUCCAGAAUGGAUUUCAAAAAACCCUCAUGAUCCAUUUGAGCAAAUAUAUUUCUGGCAAUUUCAACAUAAUUUAAUAACAGUUGCCAGAAAACUUUAUGCAAAAAGACAACUGCCUGGUAAAAAACCAGAUAGUAUGAUUGGUAACGCAUUUAGAAUGUUCAUGGAGAAAGACAUUCUACCUGGAGCUGGUCGUAAGCGCGGGAAACUCGUCGAAGGAUAUGGAAACUUUGUACCAUUGAAGGGACUGUAUAACUUAUACUGUAGUUUAGGCGAGCCAUGUACGAUACGAACUUUUUUAUGUGCUAUUAGACAAUCUCCUCACUCUUGCGAUGAAACACAAACAUUGCUUAUUGAAGAAGAUCCUGUUACAAUAGGAUCGAAUGCGUAUAUUUUUGGCAAUGAAAUGGCAUUCAUUACUAACGAUCCAAUCGAUCACAACUCAAAAUUAAGACCUAACUUAAAAUUAUUUAAUUUGGGCAAUUUGACGAAUAAAUCCAUUAUAAAAAUAUUUUCGCUAUUAUUUCCGCAAAUAUGCGAAAUAGACAAAAUAUUGGAUUUAAAUAUAGAGAUAACAUUUUUUGAAUUUUUUGAAGCUUUCGUUAUAUGUGUCGAGGAGAGCAUUCGUGUUAAUAAAGAAGAGAAUUUUCUGCAAGAGACGCUUACAUUAAGCAAUAUCGCUGAAGUUAAUCCACUUGGGAAAAAUAAAUAAUU